UCAAGUUCAGAUUUCUCAUAGCACCUCACCCUUCAUAUAUUUUUCAUUAGUCUCUUCUUAACAAUUUCCACAGUUACAUUAGGAUAUACAAUAGAAAACAUCUCUUCCGUUCACUCCAAAUCAUCAAGCAAAUUAAGCAUUACAUUUCGUACUUCUUGAAUAUGGAAAGAGUGAUGAAGUUGGGAGCAGAAAGUCCAGUGGUAAUUUUCACCAAGAGUAGCUGUUGCAUGUCUCACACCAUCGAAACCCUAAUUCGUAAUUUUGGGGCAAACCCUACAGUUUAUGAGCUUGAUGAACUUUCCAAUGGGAUUGAAAUGGAGAAUGCACUUGUUGAAUUAGGGGGUAAGCCCAGUGUGCCAGCAGUGUUCAUAGGGAAAGAGUUUGUUGGUGGUUCUAAUGAGGUAAUGAGCCUUAAUUUGAGGGGCAAUAAGCUAAAACAAUUGCUUAUAAGGGCUAAUGCAAUUUGGGUAUAAACUAUAUUUACCUUCUACAUGUGAGUUUAGAAAUAUAGGUAGCUAGCCGGUUAUUGAGUAUUUUUGUCAACUGGUAGGUGUUACUUUUCUCUUUUCUCCCGUUAAUUUAUACUUUCUGUAUUUGUAAACUUUUUGAGUAAUAAUAAUAGCAUCUUUUUAUUAUA